AUGAGCAAUCGUACAUCGAGAAAGAAACUAUCUUGUUACUCACGUCCAACCCCCAAGGAUUCAAAGUUUGCAGGAAUGAAGAGCAUUGUAGCUGCUCUUGGCGGCAAGUUUGACACAGUUCAAGCUAAUGUGAACUACCUCGUUCAGAGUGUGGCGAGAGGUGCAGCAACAACACAGGGAACCAUCCAGCAACAACCGUCUCAGCAGCAACCACUGUUCAGCCACCUAGCCCACCGCGUCGAGGAUUGA